GGGCCAUGGAGGAGCCCGCGGCUCUGGGGGCUGCCGGCGGCCCCAGUGGGGAAUCCCCGGGAGGGGCGACCAUGGGGGUGCCUGGAGGAAUCGGAGGAGUCGAGGCAGACGCCGGGCCGCUCUCCAGCGUAGCCCCGUUUCACGGUUCUGAGCCCUCCCUGCACUCCGGGGGAAUCAGUCCUGUCUCUAGCCGGCCGUCCGGGGAGGUAGCGGUCCUCGGUUCCGGACCCCACCGGCACCCUGGGGAGGUUGCGGACCUCGGCCCUGGGUCCGGCCCAUACCCAGGCGGAUUAAAUGCGCCCUUCCCUGAAACCAGUGUAUCCGGGACCUACAGCCUCGGGUCCGAGGGGUCUGGGGUGUACAACUCCGGACGCAGUCCCCGCUCCGAGUCAGCUUGCUUGCACUCCCACAAACCUUGUGAGGACCGGCCCCGGAGCAUCCUAAAAUACAACAGCUCCAUCUUGAUGCAGAAAUGCCCCAUUGCGGAGAAGAAAAAGUCUCAGUGGGAGGACGAAAUGAGUAUCCUGGCCACGUACCACCCCGCUGACAAGGACCAUGGAUUUGUGAACGUGGAUGAGCCCAGCACUCCCUACCUCAGACUGCAGGGCAGUGAUAAGGAUCUGCCUGGGACGUCCUCUCAGGCAGUGACUCCCGAGGCGCUGGCCGAGAGGUUGGCAAAAAUGGACACGCUCUAUCCCAAGGUCCUCCAGUACAGUGAUAACAGAAGCUCGGGGGCUCCAGACCACUUUUCCAAGACACGUGAGAUGAAGGACUCCAGCGACUUCGACAACCGCCGGAAGACGCACUAUGAUGAAGGAAAGUUCUUCAGGACUCGGAAAAGUUUUCUCUUCGAUGAUAACAAGCACAACAGCAAAGAAGGCGGUGGCGGUCGGGGCAUGAUGCUGGACCCGGAGCCCAGGCCUGUGGCGACAGGCUGGACCGGAGGACUGGCCAGAGGAGUCAAAGAUGAGAUUGGCCUGGUGAUCAGGAACCAUAUCCCAGAAGCCAAGGGUGGCCAUAAGACUCAGAUGGGCUGGGAUGACUCGUCAGAUUCUCCUGCCUUCAGAAACCAGUGCCCAGCGCCAGCCCCCAUCAGGUCAGACCAGGAGACUGACCUGCAGCAACGCAAGGAGUAUUACAUCAAAGGAAGAUACCUGAGGCUCUGCAAACUUGAACUGGGCGAUGGAGAAUCCCAUAAGCACUGAGGUCCGUCUGUUGGACCACCCCGGAAGCCCCGCUCAGGAUCACAAGGCCACCAAGGACUGCCUGAAAGUGACAGCGACAAAAUCGCAGCCUGGUGCUGCUCUGUCCUACAGAGACCAUGGGUCCAGAUCAGAGUCGGGCUGGUGUCAGUGGCUGGUAUCCAAGGAACUUGCCUGGCAAAGCCCAGAAUGCUUGGAGACGGAGCGUGGCAGCCACUCAAAGUCCCCAAACAAAAACUAAUGCAGACAUGAG